AGCGUUCAUACACAAUUACCGUUUUUUGGAGGUUAUUUUUUUAUAAAAUAUGAAAAAUAAAUCAAGAAAUAAAUAAAUAGAAACAUAUAUUGGAAUAUCUUGUUAACAUUCUUUGUGAUUAGCUAAAUAAUAGAAUGAUGCAGGGUAUGGGUCCAUUCCACUAUAAAUAUUGUGGUUUUAAUUGAAUUUGCAGUAACUGUGAAAAUAUUUCGUAAUUCUUAAAAUGGAUGAUUAUGACUUAUCUUUUUCAUAUUACGAUGAGGAUGAAGAUAUAAGAAAUUUGCAGUUAGAAUAUGAAUCCUAUGAUUUACAUGAUUCAUGUGUUAUACCCACAAUAAAAGGCAUUAGUUAUCAUUUUGCUGCUUUAUUACUGUGGAAUUUUAUUUUUCGAUUAACUACUCAAACAGUAUUCAUACACAUAAAUUUAUGUCAUUGUAUUUCUAUUAUAUGUGGGUUGGCUGUGAUAUACAAUUUAUUACAAAUUAGCAUACUAUACAUAAUGUCCUUUUGCAUUUUAUCAUAUCUAAUUGUUCAUGGUACACAUUACAUACACAAGAGUUCUCAUGCUUCUUUCAUUGCCAGUUUGGGAAUGUUAUUACUCAUUAUAUGCGAAUUCACAGUUCAAACCAAUACUUGGAGGCAUGUCCGAAGUGUAUAUAUGAUAUUAGUAAUGAAAAUCAUAUCAUUGGCAUAUGAUAUUAAAAUUGGACGAUUAUCAUCACAGCCAAACUUUAUUGCUUAUUGUGGCUUUUUGCUAUGUCCAGCCAAUUCUAUAUUUGGUCCAUGGAUGACCUAUAAACAGUAUUUAUCUGUAUUUUAUAAGCCAAUAUGGAACUGGAUGUUACUUCCGCAAAUAAUUUUGAAAGGAUUGACUUCUAUUUUUUAUCUAUUGAUGUCGAGUUGUUGGGUUAUGUAUUUUAUUCCAUCAGGAUCAUGGAAAUGGUUUAUUGCAUACAGAGAUGCUCUGUCCUUUCGUACAAGCAAUUAUUUUGUAUCAUUCUUAGCUGAAACGGUAAUGAUUACAGCAGGUUACUCACAGAGUCACAAGAUGUUUACAGGUUCAAUAAGUAAUCCAUUUUAUAUAGAAUUGCCAAGAUCAUUAAUACAAAUUGUUAUUCAUUGGAAUAUCCCAAUGCACACAUGGCUAAAAACAUAUGUAUUUCGCGAAGCAAGGAUAUUUGGUGUAUUUCCUGCUAUUUGCUUAACUUACUUGAUAUCAUCAUUACUUCACGGCUUGAAUUUUAAAUUAGCUGCUGUUCUUUUGUCAAUAGGAUUGUUUUCAUACAUAGAGUUUAAAUUCAGAAACAAGUUAUCAAGUAUCUUUAAUUCAUGUCUUAAUUCUUAUAGUUGUAAUGGCUGUGAUCAUUUGUAUAAAAAACAAAAUAUUUAUGUGAUAUUAGGAAAUUUAUUUUUUAGCAUUAUAGCAAUUGUACAUUUAGCUUAUUUGGGAAUGGUUUUUGAAAUGAAUGAUGUAGACGAUGCUAGUUUUGCUUUAGAUUUUUCUUAUACAUUGAACAAAUGGUCAUCGUUAGACUACACAAGCCAUUGGAUAGCACUUGUACUUUAUCUUUUAUAUAUGAUUGUAUAAUAGGAAAUUGGAAUAAAAUAUUAU